UGCUGCGUGUUUGUGCGUCCGUGCGUUCUCCCGUUGCCGCUCAGGGACCUCCUCCGCCCGUGUAGGUGUUCAGUGAGGGAAGUGAUGACGUCACAAAUGAAGGAACGACAACCAGGAGCCGCUAGAUUAUGAUCGCGUACGCCGGCGCUCUGUCCUCGGAUCCAUGGAGCCGAAAUGACAUGAUGUGGGUAUCGGGCUCUGGCAGACGCAAGCACAGUGACACAGUACACAGAAGCGGCACGUAAACCUCGUCUGUUAACAUAGCUAGGGGUAUGCGUGGCACGGUGAAGCAGGGGGGAGGGGGCGCAGGAGGGGGUGUCAAGGAUGAAGGAGGCGGGGGCGUGAAGACGGGGGGCGCGGGCGGCCGGAGGAACAAGGCCAACCACGCCCACACGACGCCCAUCCCGACGGCGAACAUCAAGCAGGAGGGCGGCGCGGAGGUGAAGCCCGACCCGGACGCCGCCGCGGGCAACGCCGCGCCCUGCCUCAACGGCGACGACUCGGCCGCCAAGACCGCCUCGGCGUGCCCGGGCAACAACAACAACAACACCAACGCCAACAACAAUAACAACGGCGGCGGUGGGGCCAAGCAGGUUAAAACGGAAAUAGCCAACGGAGGGCCGGAGGGCGACACCAAGCCCAGCACGGCCUCCACUACCACCACCACCACAACUAUUACAACCACAUCUACAACUACCUCCACCACCACCACCACCACUCCACCACAGACUAGUGAAGGUUGUAACGUUAUUGGUGACGGUGACGGGAAUAAAGUGGCUGGGGUCUGCUCCGGAGUGGCCAGCCUCGAUGGGUCUUCAAUGCACCAGCUGCACCCCUCAGAUGGAGGGGAUGGGAGCGCCUACGGGCCCGGCAUGGGCAAUGUGGGCGUGAAAGGCGGGGCAGGCGCUGGGGUGGCCACCAGCGACGCCCAAUACAUGCAGCAGCAGAGUCAGAUCUUUGUUUUCACGACGCACUUGGCGAACAAGGCUGCGGAGGCCGUCAUGCAGGGCUCCUUCAACACCAUCAUCGCCUUCCACUGCGCGCAGCCCGGCACCAAGAAGCUGCUGGAGAAGCACCCGCUGAAGACGACGCAGUUCGUGCGCCAGAAUCCCGCCCAUUGGUUCAAUACCUUAGCAAUGAAAGGAAACAAAGGAGGACAUGGCAAAGGACCCAUGGCCCCGAAUGGCCCCAUGGGUCCCGGCGGUCCAAUGGGUCCAGGCGGCCCCAUGGGACCCAAUGGCCCCAUGGGAGACAUGGGACCCAUGAUGGGUGGGCAGGGCAACGAUGGCAGCAUGAUGGGCCCCGCGGGAGGAAUGACAAGUCCCGGCAUGAUGGGCCCAGGCAACAUGAUGGGGCCCGGGCCGAACGGCGGGGCCGGAAUGAUGGGGCCGAGAGGCGGCAUGAUGGGUCCGGGCGGCCCUGGGCCCGGCAUGGCUGGUCCAGGAGGCCACAUGAUGAGUCACAUGAUGGGCCCCGGAGGCCAGAGAGUGCAAGAUGUGUCAACAGGUGUGAAGGUACCUGAUGAUCACUUGACACCCGAGCAGCGCCAACACCGAGAGGAGCAGAUGGCCAGAUUACGUCAGAUGCAAUUGCUUUUGUUGCCCGAGCUGCACUCGCCGAGCCAGAGCGACAGCAACCACUCGGGGCCGCAGCCCUCGUGCUCCGCCGGCUCCAACAACGCCAGCAUGAUGCCCUGCUCGCAGACGCAGGCGCCGACGUCGCAGACCUCCCAGACGGGCCAGCCGGGCACGCAGACCACGCCCGUCACCUGCAUGGGGCCCUCCCCGGUCACUGGGAUGGGGCCGUCCCCGGGAAUGGGCCCCAGCCCGAGCAUGGGCCCUUCUCCCGGGAUGGGACCCAGUCCAGGAAUGGGACCCAGUCCGGGAAUACCCAAUACGAGUAUGGGCCCCGGCCCUGGAAUGGGGCCACAAGGAGCCAUGGGUCCGGGCCCGGGUAUGGGGCCAGGAAUGAAUUCCGGGCCUGGAAUGGGUAUGUCGCCCGGGAUGAUGGGUCCCGGGGGCCCCAAUACAAUGGUGUCACAAAGUGGAGUGAUGAUGGGCCAAGGUCCCAUGGGUAAUAACAUGAUGAUGACCUCGCAAGCUAACAUGAUGGGCGGCCCUAUGGGUCCAGGUGUUCCUGGGAUGAGAAUGGGCCCGAAUGGACCCCAGUCAAUGAUGAUGGGCGGCCCAAACCCGGCGUCCUCCAUGGCAGCACAGGUUGAGUGGCAAAGAUUACAAGCUGAAUUCUUCGAAAGCAAGAGGAAGAAGGGCGGCCCUGGAUGCGGCGAUAAUUCCAUGGGCCCGAUGGGUCCGAUGGGCCACAUGGGCCCGGGAGGACCUAUGGGACCUGGAGGACCCAUGGGACCAGGGGGCCCCAUGGGUCCUGGUGGGCCAAUGUGUCCAGGAGGACCCAUGGGUCCAGGAGGCCCCAUGGGCCCUGGAGGCCCUAUGGGCCCCGGUGGUCACAUGGGACCUUGUGGCCCAAUGGGACCUGGUGGCCCCAUGGGUCCAGGAGGGCCAAUGGGUCCAGGUGGUCCAAUGGGGCCAGGAGGGCCGAUGGGCAUGGGAGGAGGCCCAAUGAUGCCAGGAUCAAUGGCCGGCAUGGGCCCAGGAGGCAUGAGAGGCAUGGGCCCCGGCUCUCGCAUGCAAGGUCCCCCUCCCCCGUACCAUGGCCCGCGCCCUGUGGGUAACGGUCCUUUGCCAUCCCCUGGAUCCCCGUCCAUGUGCGCCAUGACAUCGCCACGCAUGCCUGGAGGAGGCCCAGGCGGAGGGCCCGGAAUGAGAAUGGCUGGGCCCGUGGACUCGCCGCGGCCGCUCAUCCCCAGCAACCCAGCCACGCCCGUGAGCGGCCCGCCCAUCACCAGCCCGUCUUUACCACAGAAGGACCAGCAGCCACACACACCACAGUCAGGUGACAUGCCAUUUGGAAGACAGUUGCAGAACUUUGCCCAGCAGAAACACCAAGGGGGCCCUCAGCAGCAGCAGCAGCAGCAGCAGCAAGGAGGGAAGGAGCCCAACCUCAUGCCCGUGCCCUCGCCUCAGCAGAUUCAGUACCUCAGUACAUUCGAGGGACAGGAGCUCACGAUACAGAAGCAGCCAAACACCAGUCUACGUGAUUCAGAUAUCAUGUCUCCACUUGGGGAUACAAGUGUAGCAGAUGGUAGUCGAAUGUCAGGCCCAACCACGCCCCUUGGGGGCCCAGCAACCCCUCUCACCCCAACCUCGGAAACAGGGCCUCGUUACACAGGGCCCAACACCCCAGACCGGUUUCCUGUGCCAUCCCCGGGUAUGCCAGUGGCUUCCGCACCUCACACUCCACAAGCCACGCCAGAGAACAAAGGGCCGCAACAGCGAUACCCUGGCCCGUCGCCACAGGGCCAGCAGACGCAGCAGAAUAUCUCCACCUCUACCGCCACAACUCCAACCAACAAUACUAGCAAUAACAAUAACAGCAAUAACAACAGUAGUAGUGGUGGUGGCGGUGGCGGCAGCGGCGGCGGCGGCCAGAAUGCGCAAGGCGGGCCCAAAACACCGUCAAUGGACUCCAGAUUCCCUGUCCCGUCACCCAAGACGCCGAGCAUGUGCAGUGGGCCCACGACUCCCAGCGGACCAGACAAUGUGAACAGGUUCCCCGGAGCCUCGCCUCUCCAGUCGGGUGGGCCAGCUGGACCCACAGGGCCUACGGGACCGACGGGACCCACAGGACCCAACACUUCUUCAGGACCUACAGGACCCACAGGACCAGCCGGCUCUGGACCAGGCCCGGGAGCAGGACCUGGAUCCAACGCAGGGACAGACAUGAACCCGAUAGGAGCACGGUUCCCAGGACCAGGCAAUGGGCCGGCCGCAGGCGCAGGGAACAACAACAACCAGAUGAUGAAUAAGAUGGGGAGUGGAUUCUCCAUGUCUCCGAGCAAGAUGGGAUCCAUGGACAUGGGAGGAGACUUCCAUUCCACUUCUGCAGCCAACUUGCCUCUCAACCCCAACUGCAGCACCCCCGGGGGCCUGCCUACCCCUGGCCCCGGUAAAGUCUUCGAUCCCAUCUCGUCCAUGGCGCAGAUGAGUCAGCAGCUGACCUCGGGUGGAUCUUCGCCUCCGGCGUCGUCCGCCCCCACGCCAACGAUGCCCACUGGCACAGGACCCAUGAUGGGUAACAGUGGUCCAGGGACUGGACCUGGAGGUCCUCCAGGUGCGCCAGGUGGUUGUCUUCCUUCUGGACCGAAUAUGCCCAGUGGCCCCGGCAUGGCAGGUGGACCUCCAAUGUCUGCAGCACCAGGAAUGCCCGGAGGACCUGGAAUGCCUGGAGGGCCUGGCAUGCCUGGAGGACCUGGAAUGCCCGGUGGACCUGGAAUGCCCGGAGGACCCGGCAUGCCUGGAGGACCCGGCAUGCCCGGAGGACCUGGUAUGCCUGGAGGACCUGGUAUGCCCGGAGGACCUGGCAUGCCUGGCGGUCCUGGUAUGCCUGGAGGACCGGGAAUGCCAGGAAUGGGAGGAGGACCUGGAAUGCCCGGAGGCCCUGGCGGCAUGAUGGAUGGCCCUGGCAAUAUGAUGGGCAUGCCCGCCGUGUCAAGCAGCCCGGGGAUGAUGCAAGGCCAUGGGGCGAUGACUUCCCCAGUGAACAGUAGUGGUAGUGGACCUCGAGGAAGUUCUCCAAGCAAUAUGCCCAUCAUGAGUGGGCCAAACCCUCGCAUGGGGGGACCGAAUAACAUGGUGCGGCCCCCUGCUCCGAACUGCACCAUGGCUGGGCCAUAUUCUGGUGCCAAUGUGCAGGUAAAACCCAGUGCCCCUAAUACCAUACAGUACCUGCCUGCCAGACCACAGAACACUGGUAAUGGCCCCAGAGGACCUGUGAGCUUGGACUUUAUACCGAAAUUUAAUAAUCCUAAUGUGGACAGUAAAGUGCCCAAUUCUCCUAUGUUCCCUAACAGUAGUACUCCUAAUUCUAUGUGUGGGCCUAAUGUGCCAAUGUCGACUAUGGCUAUGAGUGGGCCUUGCGGGCCAAUAAGUGGACAUAUGCCUGGACCAAUGAAUGGCCCAGGUGGACCAAUGGGUGGGCCAGGUGGACCAAUGGGAGGCCCAGGUGGACCUAUGUGUACGAUGUCAGGACCUAAUGGACCAAUGGUGAACAUGAAUAACACGAUGAGUGGACCCAAUGGGCCUUUCCCCAUGUCCGGACCAGGAGGCCCCAUGGGAGGCCCCAAUGGUCCCAUGGGCAUGGGGCCGAACGGUCCAAUGGGUGGCCACAUGGGAGGGCCAGGUGGGAUGAGUGGACACAGCGGGCCUAUGAUGGGCCCCAAUGGACCGAUGGGUGGACCAAGUGGACCGAUGAUGGGGCCGAACGGACCAAUGGGGAUGAAUCAGAACAUGAUGAGUGGCGGGCCGAUGGGUCCCGGUGGCGGGAUGAUGGGUGGCCCUCGCGGCGGGGCAGGGAUGAUGCGCGGGCCGAGCCCCGGGGGGAUGAUGACGGGGAUGGGCAGUGAAAUGUAUCCCAUGGGGGGGCCAGGACCGGGCAUGCCUGGCGGCCCAAUGCCAACCGGCCCAGGACCCAACCCUGGUGGGCCGAACCAGAUGAUGAGUGGAUCCGGACCCAUGUAUGGCCCCAAAACGUCUCCUGUGGGCAUGAACAUGGGGGGACCUAUGGGUGGUGCGCCAGACGCUGCCCAACCCCUCCCGCCGUCUAUGGGUCAGUCUGGUAAUUUCAAGAACUCGCCAUUUAUGGGGCCCACUACUGCUGACCCCACCUAUGCCGCCCAGUUCCACAGCUUCCAGCAGCAACUGUAUGCCACCAACACCCGUGGGGGUCCCAACAUGCACAUGCCUGGACCCAUGAGUGGGCCUGGUGGGCCAGGAGGGCCUGUCGUGACAGGGCCACCAGGAGGUUCCAACGUUCCUGGCCCUGGGCCCAUGCCUGGCCAGGGCUUCCCGUUUAACCCCAAGUGAGGCGCGGGGAAAACUACCUCACAGGUGACCUGGUGCUAGCAGCUGCCGCCCAGCACACUCACCACUAUGCAAGUCAACCCCUCCCUCCUCCCCUGCUGGUCUGCCAGUGGUGGUGGUUGUGGCGGUGGUGGUGAUCCUGCUCAAGUGUGGUGGUGGUGGUGGUGGCGUGCCCCCCUCCCCUGCGGCCCCCCCGCCCCCCUGACCAGUGACCCGUGGCGGGUGUGAGGGUCGCCCCCCCCACCCACCCGUGUGCCCGUCCAGUGGUGGGGUCGCCCCCCUGCCCCGCACAGUCCACUCAGUUCUCACUUUUCAGGGCAACUUGUAAGUUUGUAGUUUCAAUACUGUUAACGGGGUGCUUUGUAGUGUAAGUUAUUCUUGCUCUGUUCACCUAUCUAUCCUUCAGUGGUUGUUGACUGCUUGAAGAUUUAUUGCCAGUGCAGUGUUGUGGUGGAACCCAGAUGAUGUGGCGUGGCUCAGGUGUCAAGGAGUGGUGGCCCUGACAACAAACGGUUUGAGCCAGCUGUGCAUUCGCCACACAUUCUGAUGUACUGACUAGACUCUUGCCGGUGGUUCUGGUGUUCCCUCAAGCAGCCUUGAGUGGCUGCUGCUCAGAGGCACAGCCAUUAGAAAGCCACCAGUGCUGUGUGACGGUGCAGCUAAAAGACUUCGUUAUCCUUGUUUUACUGAAGUAAAGUUGUUUUCCUAAACCGACAAUCAGUCUUGUCGUCAUGUGUGUGGGGGCAGACUUUGAUACUCUGCUUGUGGAUUAUGCUGCUGAUGAAACGUUGAACAGCAGAAAAUACAAUAGGCUGGUUGUGCCAUGGUCAUUUCCAGCAUAAAAUGCGUCAUGGAAGGUGCUUCUUCUGCCCCACUGCACUGGUUGAUCAAAAUGUCUACUAUGACAUCAGCAUUGUACAAAUUGUUGAGCCCUCUCUCAUACCACACUUACAUCCACUGCAAUGCAAUAUUCAUGAAUGCAGCUGCUUACUUGAUGAAAGUGAUUUUGUUUAAUGGAUGUAAAGUCCAGGUUAAGUUCAUCCCUUAGAAUGGUGAAUAUUUGUAUGAACCUUCUUUGUAUCAUUGUAAAGUUUGUAUUAUAUGUAAGUUUUUGUGUUUUUUUCCUUUUUGUUUGUUUUUUAAGGUCACACUUCUGAAGCUACGGGCCGACCCUGAUGUUUUGGCAGUAUUUUAGAAUGUAAUUUGAAGGAUGUGAACAUUUUUAUUAUUGACAAAUUUUACAUAAAAUAAUUUUACAAGAAA